AUGUCGCGAAAGUUCCUAAAACCGCCACGUGUCAGUCACUUAUCCAACAGUAAUCCAAUUAUUCGUCAAGCCUCCGGUUUAUUACCGUCUAAACCGGUAGCUCCUCCCAAAUCAUAUGGCUCACUCACUUCUCCGUCUAUAUAA